CCGGCCCUGUAGCUUACCACCUCCCUUCGCGUCCACUCCUGCCUGCUAGCUCCCGCUUGACUCGGCAGUCGUGGGAGCGCGCAGGCGCGGCGUGCAACUCUCAGAGCGCUGAGUAGCGGAGAGGGACGCGCGGGAAUCAUCAUCAUCCAGGACUUGCCUGAGGCUACGAAAAAAUAUGGGGAGGGUUUUUCUCACGGAAGAAAAAGCCAAUUCAGUAUUAAAACGCUACCGAAGAGCUAAUGGACUUUUUGAAGAAAUAAGACAGGGCAAUAUUGAACGUGAGUGCAAAGAAGAAGUCUGCACAUUUGAAGAAGCCAGGGAAGCUUUUGAAAAUAAUGAAAAAACUAAGGAGUUUUGGAGCACCUAUACAAAAGCACAGCAAGGAGAGAGUAACAGAGGAAGUGACUGGUUUCAAUUUUAUCUUACCUUUCCAUUAAUCUUUGGUCUCUUCAUUAUCCUCCUUGUCAUUUUCCUUAUCUGGAGAUGCUUCCUAAGAAACAAAACUCGUAGACAGACAGUGACUGAAAGCCAUAUUCCUUUCCCUCAGCACCUUAAUAUCAUCACUCCGCCUCCCCCACCAGAUGAAGUGUUUGAUAGCAGUGGAUUGUCUCCGGGCUUUCUGGAAUAUGUAGUUGGGCGCUCAGAUUCUGUCUCCACUCGCCUGUCCAAUUGUGAUCCCCCACCAACCUAUGAAGAAGCUACUGGCCAGGUGAACCUGCGGAGGAGUGAAACAGAACCUCAUUUAGACCCUCCCCCAGAAUAUGAAGACAUAGUCAACUCCAGCUCAGCCAGUGCCAUAGCUAUGGUGCCUGUGGUCACCACCAUCAAAUGAAGCUGCAAACUUCUUUUUAUUCUAAUCAUUUUUAAAAUACUAAUGAAAGAAAUUUCUAGCACUUUACCACUACAUAAAUGUGUAUUGACUUAUUUUAUUAGACUCAGCAUACCACUUCAUUCUUACUGGUUUGAUUUUCUUCAGUUUUGUUUCCUAUUAUAAAAUCAUUAUCCAUGCUCAUUUUUGCUAGAGGAAAAAUGUAAAGAAUGAAAAACAUCCCAGUGAGGGUCUUCAUGUGAUAUGUGUAUACACACACACACACACACACGUGUAUAUAUAUGCAUGUGUCCAUGUGUGUGCAUCAACCCAGUAUAUUUUAUAACUGUCUUAAAAAUCCAUUAACUUCUAUCUAAGUCACCUGUAAACAGAGCAUUACUCACCAAAAUUGGGGGGAAAAGGGCACCAAGAAUUUGUCAUACAUAGCCAUAAACAUGGUGUAUAAUUUUGCAGAAAAGGAUGUACUUAGCAUGUUUUCUAAUUCUUAAAGGAUUUGUUAACCUCCUAUUUCUUCAUUUACCUUAAAAGAAGAAACAAAGUAUGGAGUCAGUCUCGAUUUUGGAAACAUCUCAAAAUAAAGAAAAAGAGAGCACGUAUACACAGUACUUAGAGUUUUAGCAAUGAAAUCUUUGCUCAUUACUGGUAUUUGACUCAUUUUGAACUAGAGAUUUUCUUCUUGGUUGACUACCACCCACCACCCCCACCCCCUGCCAUUAAACACAUUGCCUAGCAUCUUAGAAUGUCUCAUGCUAUUUGUAUUAACAUCUUGGUAGGGAGGAUUUCCUGGCAAUGGAAUAAUUUUUAAUGAGGAUAGAUGUAUUAAUAAUAGGCAAUAGAUACCAAUUAGUCCUUUGCUCCUAGAGGGAGGUAGUAAUUAUUUUCUUCUUGCAGUUUUGUUUCCUUAUAAUCUACUGAUUGUCUGUCCUACCACCACAGAAUCUUCAAGCACCCAUGAGUUCAGUUAAAAGUUCUUCAAUUCUUAAUGUUUUCGUACAGACUGAAGUCUUUGCCUCAAGAUUAUGAGACCACUUGCCAUUAAAUUAUAAACUGUGCCAGGUGCGGGGGCACACACCUGCAAUCCCAGUGGCUCAGGAGGCUGAGGCAGGAGGAUCUCGAGUCAAGUUCAAAGCCAGCCUCAGGAAUGGCGAGGCACUAAACAACUCAGUGUGACCCUGUCUCUAAAUAAAAUACAAAAUAGGACUGGGGAUGUGGCUCAGUGAUCAAGUGUCCCUGAGUUCAGUCCCAGGUACCAAAUAAAUAAAUAAUAAACAGUUUUUUACAUCACCCUUCAUCUGGUGAAAAAAAGACUGCAAAAUAUGUGUUGUGGCAGGUGCACACUAAAUCUAGUUAUAGCCCCACACAGAUCUCAUUAUUGUUGCUAUUUCAUUUUGUAUUUUCAUUAGACUUUUUUAAAAAAUGCAGGUUUUUUAUUUUUCCCUUGGAGCAGAAGGGAUAGGCAGUGAAGGAACUACCAAUGUAAAUUGCUCAGAAAGAGAAAAAAGGAUCCACUGAGAUAGUGCGUAUGUAAUUUAUACAACAUGGAGGGCAAUCCAAGUGUGAGAUCCUAGAAUUAUUGUGCUUCAAAGAGAAUGUUCUCCCUGUUUCCCAAAAAUUGAUCAGAGUUUUCACACAGUGAGAAAUAGAGCAGAUGUCUCCAUAAAUACCUAACAUAUUCCCAGUCUGAGUAUAUGGGCUGUUGCCUAACCCUUACUAUACUCUGGUCUAUACCAAAGCUGUGCCAACUUAAAGGUGAUUGCCAACUCAGCAAACAAGAUGAAGAAAUGGAAAGGGAACUGAAAUAUAUGAGUUUGGUUAAUAGGUAUCAUAGUUUCCAUAGACCAAAAACUGAACAUAUCUUGAUAGUGGUCUCAGAAACAAUAAUAUUGUUUCAGAUUUUGCCAUGACUACAUGGCAUGGUGAUCUUUGGUUUUUAAUUAAAUCUGCAGGUGGGAGGGAAUAUUUGAUUCGGUGAGUUAUGUAUGUAUGUGUGGAGUUUUUUAUUUGUUUUCAAAUGAAAAUUAAGGCUCCUUUUGUGUGGAUUUUUGCUCUCUUGUCAUUAAUAUCAGAUGUUAAAUUAGACCAGCAGUUUUUAAAGUGUGGCUUGUGGACCUCUGAGGUUCCUUGAAAUCCUCUGAGGGACUCUGUGAGGUCAAACUAUUUUCAUCGUAAUAUAAGAAGAUUAUUUGUCUUUUCACUCUAAUUCUCUUAAAGAGUUGAAAAACAUAAAACAAUGCUGUUUUCCCACACAUCUUUUUUUCUGUUUUAGAAAAUAUAGCUAUUUUUCAUAAAAAUGUGAUUUAUUUAUGUUGGCACAUAAUCAAUUUUUAUUUUUAAGUGAAUUAGUACUUAAAUUUUUUCCUGUUUAUUUUCUAAUGUGGUAAGUACUGAUAGACAUAAAUCUUAUAAGCAAAAAUGCUUUGGCAUCCAGAUCCCCAUAGAUUUUAAGAGUGUAAAAGGAGGUCUAGAGAUCAAAAGUUUGAGAACUGCAGGAUUAGGCAAACACAAUAGUCUAUUGCUUCGUAUCUAUUCUUGGGACUUGAUUUUACAUUUUAAACUCCUGAUACUGAAUUUAAUGCUGCCUUUUAGAUAUACCUGGAUUGCAAUAUAAUAAUGAAUGUUGAUCCUUGAAGCCAAAGCCAAAUAUUUAAACUGAUCAAUAACUACAGCUUUUUAGAAUGUUGGUUAAAGAAAACCUCCCCCAUAGAAAUAGCUCCAUCAACCACAAAAUCUCAUGGCAGCUUUCACAUGAUGAUGAGAAAAUAAACAAGAUAUCACUUUCUUCAUGAAACAUUAUCUUAGGUUUGUUUGUUUUGUUUGAAUAUGGUUUGGGUUUUAUAUUUUUAAAAUCCCUUUUGCUACCCCAUCUGGUUUUAUAAACUGAGUUUCUUAACAUUUAUUAUAAUGAAGGGGCUUGUCUGGAAUAAUAUAUAUUUUUAUGCUUUUACCUUUCUUACCUGAUUGAUAUUGCAUUCGCCUUUGAUCAUUUUUAAUAAAGGUUUAUUUUUGCAGAAUGUAUUUAGUACCUUUCUUAAGCAGUAACUAAGUUGAAUCAACCAGUUUGGACUGAAAUUGAAGAAUGGGCUCAAUGGUCUUUCAGUGGAAUGAUUUACCAACCUCCACAUGCAGUGGUUGUGUCUGGAAUCCUAGAACUGGCACUUUUUGCUUCUCUGCUCUAAAUGUCACAAUAAAUUGUAUUUGUUUAAAGGAAAUAAAAUGAUUUCUUCUUUUCCUAUUGACCAA